AUGAUUCGUACUCUUGAUAUCGGCAGUGUUCUCCCCAGCCCCGACUCUCCGCCAGGGAUGACGACCUCAAAGAGCUCCAAGACUUCCUCUUUUCAAUCUUUCGAUAGUGACGAUGGCAGCGUCUUGGCCGACGUUGGCCAUUUUGAAGAAAUUGGUCUCGACGACGAUACCGUGACCCUCAAGAGCCCAUCGAAGGUCGAUGUUCGUCCCACUCUAGCCAAAGCCCCCUCGAGCCGGACCCUCGCAGCAGGCAAAACUGCCUCCAAAGCCCGACCGCCAUUUCCAACCCUCGAGACCAACGUAUACACCUCCAACCCCAGAAGCACCAAUUUGAGCGCGUUGACCGAGCCUCUUUCUGCUACUCGACCAAAGACAUUGACAAGCCCAUCCUCUGCAUCUCUUCAAUUCCCUCGACGGCGAAGUCCAAGCCCAGCCUAUUCGCUCAACCCGAGGGAUCCGAGAGACCCAAGUUUCCCUCAAAAACCUCGUCGAGGCAGCUGGCAGGCCGGCCGCGAUCGCAAGUCUUUCACCGACCUCGAGCGAGAAUGUGAUGAAGACGAUGGCGAUGAUAUCCCAGAUGGCAUGUUUCUGGACAAUGUGCCGCUCUCCCCCCGGCCCAUGCAAGAGCGUACGCCCAGUCGACCAUCUUCCGUUUCUCCGUCCCCCAAUCGAUCCAAAGAACGAGUGCGAAGUGUCGGCAAUGGAACACCCGCAGUCGCGCAAGCUCAAGGCUCUCUUCGAUCACCAACUUGGAAGACCGAUGACAACCCUCGCAGCCCGGCCAAGCAACGGGCACACAGCUGGAAUGCUGCGUUGGCGGAAUUGAACGCUGAAGCCAAGACGUUGACUGAGAAGCUCGAGGAGCACGCCAACGAAAUGGAGGAACAGCAAGCCAAACGCCCUGCGAAUCAACGCCCCAACACUUGGAACGCUAGUCGACGAUCUGUCGAUACCUUUGACAAGAAGCAGCGUGUCAAAUCAACUCCCGAACUGCCCCCUCUUCGCAAGACGAAUAUUAUGAUCGAUCCUCUUCCCGUUUCGAAGGAGAAAGAGGCUGUUCUCAGCCGGACACGACCUUCAUGGCUACCACCCAAGGAUCCCGCUGAGGAACGUCGACAUCUGAAGGAAUAUCAGAAGAUGAUGGCAGCAAGUGCCAAGGCUGAGGAGCGACGCGAAGCCUCACGCAAGGCCAAGAUUGAGGGACGAGACAGCACAGCUGACAACCUGAUGCAAAUUUGGGAGAGGGACGUGAUCCCACGUUGGAGCGAUGCUAUUCGCGAGCGUAGGACAAGAGAACUAUGGUGGAAGGGAAUCGCACCCAGAAGCCGUGCCCAAAUUUGGGGUCGAGCAAUCGGUAAUGAAUUGGGACUGUCUGAAACGUCAUUCAAAGCAGCACUGGCCAGAGCUCAAGAGAUUGAAGCCAGAGUUAAGGACGAUAAGGGCGACGCGGAGGAUGCUAGGAGGGCAAGAUGGUUCCAGGAUAUCCGUAGGGACGCGGCACAGAAGACUUGGGAGGAUCUACGGAUUUUCGACGUCGAGGGACCACUGCACCAAAGCCUUGUUGAUGUGUUGAGUGCAUAUGCCAUGUACAGAAGCGACAUUGGUUAUGUCCGUGGUUGCAACACAAUCGCUGCAUUGCUGCUGCUCAACUUGCCCGAUGCCGCGUCUGCAUUCGUCGCACUCGCUAACGUUCUCAAUCGCCCACUGCCUCUAACCUUUUACACUGGAGAUCCGGGUGCACAAGCGUCCGCAUUCAACCUCAUCAUGCAGACACUUUCUCUCAAGUCUGCCCCUCUCCACGCGCACCUCACCAAGAAGAUCCCUAUUGCCGAAUUAGAACGAUCUUUUUCAGGAAUUUUGACAGCCAUUUUCACACAACACUUGGCGAUAGAUGAAGCAGCCCGUCUUUGGGACGUAUAUGUCUUUGAAGGAGACGCUCUCCUAAUUCGAGCUGCUGUUGCACUUCUUCUCAGCAGAGAGAUGACGCUCCUCGGCGCUAAGACCGCCGACGAAGUCAAGACCAUUCUUGAUGGAAGAAACGCCAAGGUCUCUUCGGCCAGAGUCGCCGGAGAGGUGGGUGCCGAGGACAAAUUUAUGAUGUCAGUCCGUGAGGCAGGAAAAGCUUAA